GUCGCGAAACGCAGGUGGCAUGGCGGCGCGCCGACCCAGCUACGCGUCUGCGGGCUUCAAGUCGGACCUCUUUACCGUCCGCGAGACACUCGAUAAGACGCCCAAGCACAUUUUGGUCGAAGUCAAAAACAAGCGCACGCGGAGCUCGUUCACAGGCGCCGAGACGAUACAAGCGUCCUUGAUCGACGAAGCCGCGAUCGUCCAAGCCGCUCAAAGACGCAUCCUCAAGUACAGCGCGUCCGACUCGUCACUGCGCAAGGCCAUGCGCUGGCUCGGUGGCAUGGUCGGCGUCUCACGCGCGCCGCGAGACCUUGUGCUGCUCAACGCGCACUUGGCCGUCGGCAGCGACGACGCGGCCGCCAACUAUGUGACGCUGUACGAUGCUGGCAUCACACACAUUUGCAACGUGGCGAGCCAAUGCGAUCUCCAUUUCAUGGGCAAGUUUAUCUACAUGCAUUUGAAGAUCAAGGACUCGCCCGAACUCGAUAUUCGCUCGCACUUUGACGCCGUCUUUGCCUUUAUGAACCGGGCGCGGGACGUCCGUGGCCGCGUCCUCGUCCAUUGUGUCGCAGGGGUUUCGCGCUCGGUCACGUUUGUGAUUGCGUACCUCAUGAAGGAAACCAACUUGAAUUUACAGCAAGCGUACGCGUUGCUCAAGCAGCGGCGGCCGCUCAUGUGUCCAAACAAAGGGUUCCGCUACCAGCUUGCGCUGUACGAGAUUGAUCUGUACGGAUCGUCGUCAGUCAUGCGCUCGGACGACAAGGACUGGGACUUUUACGAGUGGAAUGUGUACAAGCAACGACUACAAAAGUAGAAAAAAUGCAAAUUUUGAUGGAGUA